UCUCUCUUCAAACAUCCUUUAGCCCCAAGAGAGUUUCCACUGUACGAGUGAGAGUUCCUCUAUUUAAAUAGCCUUCAUCAAGGCAAUAGACAGCUACAAAUUAUUGAGUGAGAGUUUCUCUUCUCUCCUGAUAUAUAGCCUAAAGCUCCCCAGAGAUUUUUCAGAGAGAGAGAGAGUGUGUGAGGGAGGGAGGGAGGGGGGAGAGCGAGCGAUAGAGAAUCAUGGUAUCAAGAGAGCACAAGCAAGCUGUUCUGCAUGAGAAGCUGCAACUUCUUCGUUCUGUUACUAAUUCUCAUGCAGUAAACAAAACUUCCAUCAUUAUGGACGCAUCAAAGUAUAUAGAAGAGUUGAAGCAGAAGGUUGAAAGACUGAAUCAAGAAAUUGCAUAUGAAGACAACACAAGCGAAGACGAAGAUGACGCCUUGCCGGAGGUGACAGUAGAAACCCUAGAGAAAGGGUUUUUAAUAAAUGUUUUCUCAGAAAAGAGUUUCCCAGGUUUGCUUGUCUGUAUUCUGGAGGUGUUUGAGGAGCUGGGCCUGAAUGUGAUUGAAGCUAGGGCUUCAUGCACUGACACUUUUCGUCUUGAAGCAGUUGGAGGAGAAAAUCAGAGCGAGAGCGUUGAUGCACAUGUAGUUAAACAAGCAGUGAUGCAAGCUAUCAGGAACUGCACUGAGAGUGAUUGAGUAUGAAAAAAAGCAAGUAUAUUUUCGUUUAUAAAUAUGCUAGCGCAAGCUACCUAUUAAUUAA